UUAAACACCCUGACUACCCCAAGAGAGAACACAAGUGAGAAAACCAACUUCACUGAGCCACCAAGAUCACUUUUCAUGCCAUCAAGAUUUGAAACAAAUAUUAUUGUUAUGGAAUAUUUGAUUGAUUGAGCCAUAAGUGUGCCGACUACUAAGUGAAUUAAGUGACUGUUGAGUGAAAACAUCUGUGAUAUGAAUUAGUGAUUUGAGUCAUCAACAUUAUUCGGCUACAAUUAUUCUUUUUAAUCAAACAGAAACAAUAUAAAUGAAAGGAUUUCAAUAAAAAGAAUUUUCUCUGCGACUUGGCAGUGAAAAGACAUCGAAAAAGAAUUCCUAAACGGAUGCUGUGUUCAUUCGAGUUUUCCGUCGCGGGAUAAUGAAAUAAGGAUCAAAGGAAACGAUCCUAAGAAAUCGAGCUAGGGUGAUUCUGACAACAACGAAGGAAAAGAAGAAUCGCAAAAACAAAUCCAAUUCCAAACCAGGGUAUUGUGUAUUUGCGGUGAUAGUGAUCCUGCAAGACGGAUCUACAAAGUUUAAACGGAUAAUCUUCAACAGAUUUACCAAUAAUGAGUUACAAAUAAAGUCGAUGGUAGUUUAGUAAAAUAUUCCAUGACGAAUCCCUUGAGAGAUGUUCGCCCCGAGGAUCGUCCUCUCGGCUUAGAUUAUUUGGAUCCGCGGUUAGUGAGAAAUCAGGUGAAUAAUCCUGCUCAGAUAACCAGUCCAAGGUUGAGAAAAACACGGGGUUCUUCAUCAAGAAGAAGAAUGCAUCUGGCUGGUGAACCCAAUCAGAAUACUUCGACUAACAAUCAAGUACCUGAUUAUGCUCUCACCGCAGAUUUGUUGGCUAAAAGAGCUCUCGAUGGACUUCUUGCUGAACACCCUGGAGAACUAGUUCAAACAGGUAGUCCUCAUGUAGUUUGUACAGUUUUACCAAGUCAUUGGAGAUCUAACAAGACACUUCCGGUAGCCUUCAAGGUUGUCGCUCUAGGAGAAGUUGGAGAUGGAACUUUAGUGACUGUCCGAGCAGGAAAUGAUGAAAAUUGCUGUGCAGAGUUAAGGAAUUCAACGGCUUUGAUGAAGAAUCAGGUUGCGAAAUUCAAUGACCUGAGGUUUGUUGGCCGAAGUGGCAGAGGAAAAAGUUUUACUUUGACAAUAAUGCUACAAACAACACCACCUCAAGUAGCAACGCUCAGUAAAGCUAUUAAAGUAACAGUGGAUGGACCAAGAGAGCCACGAUCAAAAACUAGACACCAGGCUUUUCAUCCCUACCACUUUGGACCACGGCCAUUUCCCUUUGGACAUCCGCAAGAUCCGUUGGGAUUCAAACUGUCCGGUUUACAACAUUUGGGACUUGAACAAAACGGAGGUCAAGGAUGGGGAGGACUUCCUAGAGGUUCUUUAGCUUCUCAUUGUUUACCACCGCCCCCAGGGCAUCUGUCACAGACUCAUCCACCAUCGGGAACUACAUCGGCAUUUAAUCCUUUUCACCAUGCUAUGGAGCAAAGAUCUCCAAGAAUGCCUGGACCAACUCCUGAAUCACGAAAUGAUUUGGGACCAAUCAGUGUGUCGGUGAGAGAAGUAGCUGCUGAAUCUCCGAGUAAUUCUGGUCCAGGACUGCUGACGACAGCUUCAGUGACAGCUCCAACUCCUCCAGCAGAGCCAACGGCAAAUACAAAUACUUCAAGUCCCUCAGGACAUCAUUCCCACUUUCAAGGUCUUCAUUUGCUGAGAGCCAAUUCUAUCUUUGGAUCGUUAUUUGCUCCAUUUUUACCCCAAUCUUCUUGGCUCUAUAAUCCACUUUCUUACCCUGCACAGCAAUAUAUUAUCGAACCAGACUGGCACACACUAGCAUUGAGAAUGGCACAGCAACGACUUCAAAGACCAGACCAAGCAAGCCUUGAGGAUCUAAGAAAGCUAAGAGGCACUAGUACUAGUCCUGGAGAUAGUUCUAAAGAUGAUAAACGUAAGGAAAGCGAUGUGGAUGCUUUAAGAGAGACUGAAAGCCCUGAUGGUAGCAUUGAGGUUGAUGAUAGAAAUGAACAAGAUCCAAAAGUUGAACUUCGAAGUGAAGAUUCGUUACAAACAGAUUCACCAAGAGGUUCAUCGAGAAAUGAUUUGGAUGAUAACAUUAACGAAGACUUGAAAGAAACAGAAAAUCGAUUGAGACCGAGUGUGGAAAACUUGAAUGAUUUUGUAGAUGUUUUAAGUGAUGAUCAAUUACGAAGAGGAGAUUUAACUGUAAAAAUACGAUUAGAAGGUACAGUCGAUUUGAGCACGAAACGUAGUCAAGAUAAAGAAAAUAUGGGCCAAGAUUUAACAACUCGAAAAAAGGAGGAUGAUAUUGAUGAAAGAGAGACGGUUAGGCCGAGAAAAGUAAGAAGUCCAAAACCUAGGCAUGUUUGGAGACCAUAUUGAUCCUUCAAAGUGUGAAUUAAUUUCACAAUCUUGAGGACUUUAAGGACUAACCAGGGUUUACGUUCAUAAUCGAUCUGAUUUAUCAAUUUGAUUACUUUUUAAUCAAUUGAAUUGUAAAUAAAAAUUUAUUGUAUUGUCAGUAGCUGUUAAAUUACAAGAAUAUUACGUACAGGGUCGUUCUUGAAUCGAUUCGACCUUUAUAUAGUGCAAUAUCUUCUUGUUGUAAAUAAUAAAUGAUGAUAAGUAUUAAAAAUUGAAAAAGUAAAUGAGUUAAAAUGGAGAA